GUUAGAACAGCAGGGGGCGCCUGUUUGAUGUGUCUCGGUGUUUUUACACUUGAACUGGGCCUGGAAAACUAAACGUUUUUGGAGACAGCGAAAACCACGAGGGCUGUGUGUAUCAUCUGCCAGCAGAAUAACCAAAGACUGGCUCCCACUGCAGGAGUAGGGGGCUCUGUUUAGGUGUCAGACUGUGGACAGGCGUGGCAGUGGGCUGGUCCAGGCGCGCAGGGGAGAUGAAACACAUCAGGGUCCAUUGAUUUGGUUUGAGCUGAGGCCCUGAAAUAGUCUGACAAAGAAACCUAGUAUCGCGAGGCAAGCUUUGAUAAAUCUGCUGUCAUUAAACCACAUCUGUCUCUAUUCUGAGGGCGGCUGUGGGCUGUGGGUGUGCCGCACCCACGCUGAGGACACCGUCCUGAGGAUGCACUGAGGUGAGUACUCUGCCUCUUCUUCAUAUUUGUGUUCACUUGUGUCGGAUGAGGCAGUCAUGGUGAAAUGGCUGGGCGUUGCACGGGGUCCUCCCUGUCGCGUGCAUGAGCAGUAUGUGCGCAUGAUGCCUCAGUGACACUGCGCCGUCCUUACAGCCUCAUGUUUACCAUCUUGUUUCUCUCUUUCUUUCUUUCUUUCUUUCUUUCUUUCUAAUGAUGCUCGGUGUAAAAGGAUUAAAGUGGGAUAGUUUUGGCCCAUGAAUGCAUGUCCUCUCCCUGCCUUUAGGCUUCGCUUAUGUCAAGUGCAAGGUCCCAUAUGUGCAGAGCCUGUGUUUUGCUUUCAUAGUGAUGGCAGUGCUCGAGCCAUGAAGGCUUUAAUCCAGCUAAUUAUCGUCCCGUUGAUGGUUUUUCACUUAUUUUACCAGAGACCAGAAAAUCUAGUCUGAUGAUAAAUAUGUAGGGAAGCACGAGGGUCUUUGUUUUACAGAAAUGUGAUGCUUUUAAACGCGCAGCAGCUGAUUUAUCCACGGAGAAGAGUCGUGCAGAGCGGUGUCGUCGCUCACGUCCUCUGCAUUUUUGCGGGUGGCCAUUAGCGGAUGAUGCUCGCCCUGCUGGUGCUGAGGCUGCAGAGCGUGCGAGUGUUGCUAGGCAGCCGUGCAGACUGACUGGUGGCGGAACGGAGGAUGCUAAACCCAUAAAAACAAUAUUGUGCAUGCAUGUUAAAUAUGGCGCUGAUGCAAAACACAGUGCACUGCACGUACAUGACUAUCUGCACGCACACUCUGACUGGAUGAUCGAUGGGCCUGUGCUCCUCUUCCUCCUCCUCCUAGUCCGGGUGGCACAGCGUGUUUUGGGGGGAUGAGCAGGGUAUCUGCCACAACACAAAGGCAGAGAAUAUGGAUUCACCCAAACCACAGCAGACCUGAUACUCAAGUUAUGUCACAGUUACAGGGCAUAUAGGGAGCCCAUUUUUAUGCCCUCUGUUAAUCAUGGGUUUGAAAUUUACAUUUUACUUUCUCAAAUUAUAGGUGUACAAUGAUUUAGUUUAGAACAUUUAUUAGUGUGUUUUUAUCUGCAGAAAAUCCUGAUUUCUUUGAGACAAAAAUGACAACAUAGAUAUUUCUAACACUGACCAAAAGAUACAGCAGAAGGUCAGUCAUAUCUCAGGUUUGCCUGAUCGGUGUGCAGUUUGUGUCAAUGAAGAAUAGUCUCAUAACUUGUUGUCUUGGUUGUUGUGGAGUUCAUUUUUCCCGCUAAGUAUUUACAUUAGAUUUAAUGUGCUUCUCCAGUGUGAAAGCUAAACUUGCUGUAGAGGCCGAGAGAAUGGAGAGUCAUCUUGCACAGAGUCAACAAAAUGUAUUCUGCCUCUACAUCAUUUAUGUAUUAAUGCAUUUAGGUUCUGUGUACACAGCAUUUCUGCCAAGUGCUCAGUCAGAUGUUUAGAGUAAAUGAGAUCAUUUGUUUGGGGCUGAAUAGGGCGAAAUAACCCUUCAAUUAAAUAUACAAAUGCCACAACAAUGAAGUCUGCUACAGUCUUCAACUGUUUGUUAUACUAAAAUGAAUAUAAGUUACUUAGGUUAUAAUCUGAGCUGAGUUUGAAUUCUUCAGUGUGCAGUGUAUACCGUAGGUCAUGGGUAGUAUAAAGCCAGACAAUGAAAAACGACUUAUUUCAGUUGUUUUAAUCUCAGAUAUGGUGGAAUAUUUCAAUGCAAAAUCACAAUAUUCACCGCCCUCUUGUUUUGAAAAACUAUGUAACAGCACUCGUUUGCAAAAAGCAGUUAUGUAACUGGAUGUGAUCCACCAACGAGACAUUAUGACAUGAAGCUAAUGAAAGUGGAGCCCGGGGAAAUCAUUCUGGAGCCACUCGAGAGUAAAUCAGUCCAUUUCUUUCAGGCUGAAUACGGUAAAAUCACCUUUGAAUGAAAUGCAGACAAGCUUUUAUGAUGAAGUCUGCUGUGGGCGUACCCAAGUCUCUCUCUCUGAUGGCUUUGUUAGACGGGAUAUACAAUUUAACUCCUCUAUGAUUCGUGUUUUGAUUUGACAUCUUGCAAUUAUGAUCAGUUUGAAUUCCACUGAAUAUAGUUCACAGCCUUCAGUUUAUUAUAAAUAACUCCUUAAUUACAAGCUUUCUGACAAGGGCUGCUAUUGUGUUGCUUUGCAUCAAAAUUGAGUGUAAACAUUUGUACAACUGAGGUAUUGGAUUCAAUGUUUUUACUGUUAUAACAACACAUGUUGACAUCUCUCUUAUUAGUACUCGACAUUUUGUGAGAUCAUGAUGUGGUAUCUGAUCCAAGAGAGUGCCCUCAAACUAAGAUCAUGUUUUGGACCAAAGACAUGUAAUACAACUGCAGCCUUAUGUUUCAAACUGCAUCUGAAACAACUCAUUCAAACACAACCUUUAUGAAAAAUGACUUACUUUGGCAAAACAACUGCGUCCAAUGAUCCACUUUUUAGAGAACUGGGUGUAACAGUUCUUACUUGCCCCAAAACCAGUUACAUAACUGGAUGUGAUCCACUAACCAGCCAUUACGACAUAAACCUAAUGACGGGGAGGCCAGGGGAAAUCAAUCCUGGGUUACUUAGGUAAUUAUACCCCUAUCUGCUGCUCUGCUGCUGGAUGUCAAUGCUCAGACUCAGACCCCCCCUAAAACCACUGAGAGUGGGUAGAUUUACAGCAGUCAAUGCAGGCGUGGAUGUGUGAAGGUGAUGUGCAUCACACAAAUUCACUUCCAAUGAUUCAGAGUGAAGCUGCAGGAUCAGAUUUAGGAGUUCGUAUAUAUCUGAUGUAGCCCGAACAGGGUAAAAGCUCAAUGUUAGAUAAGGAAACAGCCAGUAAAACAGCCCCCCUACAUCCUGAGGUUUCAUGAAACAAAAGCGGGGUGAUAAUGCAGCCGUCACGGUCUGUGACUGAGGAUUAAGUGGAGGAGGAAGCAGAGAUGGUGGGCCUGCAGCCAGAUCUCCAUGUCUCCCCUCAGUCAUUAGGACCCUCCCAGGAGAGAGAGGCUUUCUGUCUGGUGCCUGUCAGCUGGGCCCCCUCUACCCCCACAGAGAGAGAGAGAGAGUCAUAUACACUGUGAACCAACAUCUGCUGUGAGUAAGAGGAGAGAGAGAAACCUGCGUCAGUGUAACACUGAUACUGAUUGGCAGCUUUUCAGGUAAUUUGUUAACAAUGACCGUGAUAGUAUUUUGAAUUUAAGACAAAACCAAACCUCAUAAUAAGACAUCUGUUCGGAGAUCAACUCCAGAGAUGCUUCUAAACAUGAAUAAUCCAGUGAGUUUUACUUUAUGGGAUGUAUCUAAAUGAAUGAUUGCUCAAUGCUUUAGCAAAUUGCAGAUGAAUUUAAAGAUCUGAUGUAGUAUCUCAGUUGAAGCUUGGUCGGGACAAAGUGCAGUUUUAUCCAGAAACUCCAUUAAAGGUUUAGUCAUCUGUUGGCUUUUCUCACAAUCAGAAUGAGCAAUUCAAAGAGAUCUGAUGCAACCAUCUUUUCUCUGUUAGUGUGAGAGUGUUCGCUCUGAAUGUUGAGGAUAUUGUUUGGAGUGCAUGUGAUCAGAGAUGCGUUGAAAGCAGGGUUGCAGCGGUGACGCUCUUAAAGUAAGUCCUUGCGCCAGUUGGUGAGAUGUAGUGGAGGGGAGAGGGUGUGGUGUGUUUGGGACCUUAUCUGCUCCCUGCAGCACUGUGUGUGUGUGUGUCUGUGUGUGUUUGUGUGUGUGUUCACGUGCAGGAGCUGAGUAUGUUUCACUCAGGGUGGGGUGGGGCGAGCUCCUUCCACUAGAUCCUUACCGUAACUCUUUACCCUUUCUCCAAUUACCGAGCUGUAUCACGAGCUAACUUCCUGUCUGUGGUCUGACGCUGCUGUCUGCAUGUGAGCUCUUACUGCUAAUGCUCCAUUUGCUUCAGCUCUGCAUUUCCACCAGCCAGGGCCCUGAGGGAUACAGCAUCUUUAAUGUUGAGGGUAGGUUACUUUUCAUCUUAACGCUGCCAUUUGAAAAGAGACAGAAAUCAGGGCUUAUGUGCAGUCCAGUGUUCUGUUUAUUUUUAAACCUCAGGAGCAAACUCGGCUUUCAUACUAAUAUGAGAUACAAGCAGAUUUGCUGUGAGUUGAUUUCCACUUUAGUGAGUUUAUUGAUUGAACUGACAGUUGUUAUUUAAUGUUUGAUCCUGCAUCCGUCCCAUGGCUCCUUGCAACUCUAGAUCCUUCAGCUAUCGAGGACUCUGAUGUGCACAGACUGAGGAAACCUGAAAAUGCUCUGCUGCACGUUGCACUUCGAUUUCUUAGGAUAAGCCAUCACUUUGUCGUCAGUUUCACAGGAUUAUUUUUAUUGUUUUCUAGCUUUAAUCUUUAAGUCUUAUCCGCCUCAUUCCCUCAUUUGCAGUCACGUCACUUGCCCGCUCGCUUAAAUUCUUACGUGGAUAUGAUGACCGUUUUGAAGCAGUCUGGAAUUUCCACAACACUACUAAUCGACAUCCUAUCUUACUUUAGGUAAUUUAACCCACAGUAGUUAAAUUACAGACUGCAGGAACUAACCUAAAAAGAUCAUUAAGAAGACUAUUUUCUCCCUCAUAGACUUAAUGCUUCUUUGCUGCUGUGUUGCAUUUGUUUUUUUGCACUUUUGCACUUCCCCCACUCUACCAAGGAUAAGAAAUGUUUACAUUAAAUCCCCACCAAGUCGGCGUUACUUUGAGUAACUUUCAGAUCAGGUAGCAUCACACGAUAAUUAGCUGUUACCUUUACUUGGGUGUGUAAUGCAGGUUGAUUAUCCCAAAGUUGCUGCAUCAAAUUUUAUGUGUUUCACUCCUUUGCAGCAUCUUUUUGUUGCAGCACAAGGCGAUCCGUGUCUUCUCCCAGGUUGUACAGUAUUUUUGUUUUGUGUAAUAAAAAUUCAGAGUGUUGCAAAGCCAUAACAGUGACAUCUUUAGGCCUUUAGCUGCCAUGAAACGCCCCAUUGUUCCAAUAAGUAGUGGGCGGGGUGUGAUUUACACUGUUCCUAUGAUUAAUGAUGUCUUCAGGCCAGCCUCUAUUUCUCCUGUUUUAUCUUAGAGCUUUCUUUGUGUUUGUUGUAAUGUGUCCAGUGGAAAUAUCGAGCGUGGCCAUGUUUAAUAACCAAUCUUUAUUGACAUGAAGUUCAGGAUUUAAACCCGAGUUAUAGUUUCAAAUCACCUGAACCUUGCAUUAAUAUUAUUUGGUUAAAGUGAAGUUGUAAAUUGUUGAAGAUAUCUGAAGUAAACCUACUAAAAUAAUCUGCUGUACCCACUUUUUUCCAUGUCUAGUCCUAAGAUGUGGAAAAACCAAAGCUGAUAAGUCAAGAUGCCCCACAGCUCCUUAAAGAUGCUAGUCAAGACCUGUUUCACCCCGAACCCCCUUCAAAUUGCAAGAGCUCUUACUCUUCCUGGUUGUUUCCUCCCUCCUUCAAUCAUUGUUUCAAGAGGGGCUGACCAAAUUCGCACGGCACUGAAUUAAUGUUGCUUCAUGAUUUACAUAAAAGCCUUAAAGAGCUCUGAAUCUCCUCAUCUCCCUCUUCAAAAUAAAAGCGCAAGAGUCUGUCUUUUUUAAGUCAAGCAUCCUCAUGAAAACAAUAUUUUUCCAGUUACGUUCAUCUAAUUUUAAUGAUGGUCAUUUUUAAUGAGGGCUGCACCUCUUAUUUGAUUAUGAUAGCAGAAUGAAGUGCUCUCAAACCAGCAUUGCUAAUAUUGUCACUCUUCCUUCGCAGCUCUCCCCACCCAUCCUUGGUUGUAAGUUGCGAAACAGAAGAAGAUGAGUAAGUCCCCCACGCCCAAGAGCACCCCGGUGCAGCGCAGCCCCAGCGAUGGGGUCCCUGAGAGCCUCCAGUCUCCUCAGCACUCCACACCUGGCUCUGAAUCCCAGCAUAAGAAACGCAUCUCCAGUCUCCUCCAGAGUCCGGUGAGACGGUCGUCUGUUUGUGUGUGGAUGAUUCAUCGCCUCGGUCUUUCUCCUUUUCUGUCUCCUUCCCCCUAGUUGUGGUUAUCUCCUCACGUUGUGAUCAAUCUGAGCUCAGAUGCCACUUGACAGCUCGGGUAGCAGUCAGUGCAGGGAGUGCAUGACUCUGUUUGUCUGUAAGAGGGCAUAAGGAGGCCCCAUGAUGCUGAUGUAAAGUGUGAAUCAGUCAUUGUGUAAAUGUAUGAACUCAACCUCCCUCUUUGGGUGUAUGCAAGGUCAAACUCCCAAUAAAUGCCCUCUGAACAUUAUAAAAGUGAAACUCAUUGUAUGUGUGGUAACAUAUUCAUAUUUGUGUUUGUGCGUAGUCAUUCAGGGAGGAGCUGGAUGUGCUGAUCCAGGAACAGAUGAAGAAGGGUGGCAGCUCAUCAAACCUCUGGGCGCUGAGACAGCUGGCUGAUUUUAUGGCCUCACACGGCUCUCCAGCCGCCCUGCCAGUUUCUCCUUCCAGUAUGUGAACGUUUCCAUCCUUCUGCAGAAUGUCAUUGUUUCUAUAUGUUUAACAGAGUCAUGAAAAUUCUGCAGGUUGUAACAUGUUUAGUUUAGCUGGAUGUAUGUUUGAUUCACUAAAAACCAGCGUAGAGAAAUGAAAAUCCCAUUACCUCUUAAAUUCAGUCUGAACUCACACUUUACGAGGACAGUCCACUGCAGGAGUAUCCAUCUGCUCCACUGUUAUUCUUGUCCCAUUGCAGCGAGAUUACCACACAAACACUCACACUCUGGGAUGGGAACAGAUUUGCUCAGCAGACACACAAACUCAUCCACAAAUUUUGAGAAACAGAGAACCAGAGCAUCCAAAAAAAAACAUGUACUGGCUAAAUGAGGAACUGUUUCCCUUCCUUGUGGGACAAAAUUGGCUUUGGGAACCCUCAGGUUUCAGUAUCUUGGUUAACUUUCUUCACCAGGGGUUCACUUGUUGAUAUUGCCAUCAGACUCCAUUUCCGAAAAAAGGCUGCCGGUGUCAAACGGACAGAUUUGAUGCUCAUAACAUGAAAACCCUUUAUGUAAUUGAAACAAGUUUGAUUUGAUGCCAGCAAAACAUUUUAAAAAGUUGGGUUAGGUUAAAAUUUAACACUGUGCAAUGCUAAAAAACACUUGCAGGAACAUCUCCUAACUAAUCAGAUUAAUUUACAACAGGUUGUCAUUAAGACUGAGUAUAAAAAGGUGCUGCAGAGAGGCUUAGACUCAAUCUAAACUUCCUCCUGAAAUCCUGAGCCCUCAUGAGCUGAAUUAACCUCCCCUGGAAAGUGAUUAAGUGUUUAAAGCUGUAAAGGCUCAAAAUAAUGUAAACAGGAGCGAGACAGCACUUAGUGACCUCUCACAAAACACUGACAGCACAGCAGCAUGUUUCUGUCCCUCAUGGUAUUUGGAGUUUUUAUUUUAUGUUUUCACUUUCUCUGAAACCAUAAAGAAAAACAGAGAAAAGAAACAAUGAGGCAUAUGAUGUCCGAAAUCAAUAUUUUUGAUGCCAAAGUUUCAAAUUUGCAAUAAUAAUUUCAUAGUUAUUAUGCUGCAGUGUGAAUACAAUAGGGAAAAUCUGCUUUAUUUCAGGUGUUAUUUGGUAAUAUUUCCUAUUUAUACAGUUUUUAUCUCUUCGGUAUAGCUUUUGUUUACUUAUCCGUGUUUGCAGGAAAUCCUGGGAAUCUCAUGUUUCACGUCACAAUAUUAUAAACUAUGUGUUAUUCCCUCGCUGCACGUCUGCAGAUAUGCAGUCACAGAAAGGGUGCACAAAUGGCUCAAAGAGUCUCCUCCCAGAGAUCCCUCAUGAACUUGAGGUUUUGACAGUGGGACAGUCUGAAACCCUCAUGGACAAAGCUGUCAGAGUCAGUGAGCGUGGUCAUAGAGAAAAGGAGAGGUUUGCCUCUCUGAUCUGUGGCGUCACCAGUUAAAAACAUUUGGUCUAUCAUGAAAUAAAUGUAAAAAAAAAGGAGAUUCAGAAGUUUUGAGCUGCUGAAAUACUUUUUCAGGCAAGAAUGGGAAAACUUUUUACUUUGAAAACUCCAUAAACUGGUCUCCUCAGUUCCCGGAUAUUCAACAGAGUGUUGUGGAAAGAAUAGGAGAUGCAACACAAUGUUGAUACAGGGUAAACUUUUCUGGUAAACUGCGAAAAUAUACUGAGCACACAUCUGCUUCUUUGCAGGCCAUUUUUUUGGGUAGUUUUUCCCUGGUAUUUUUGAGUAUGUGAGCUAAACUUUGUAGAAAAACUGGUGAGCAGUGACGACACUUAAAAACAUGAAGUUGACAAAACUGGUGUAUAUUUUCAGUGAAUGCAAGCGUGCAACCUUUUUGAUGGAAAAAAUAGCCACCUACUGAUUGUCCAGGUUGAUUCAGGUGCAUUUGUGCAGGUUCAGAUAUGAAUUCAAAACAGAUAAACACACUCAGAGCUGCAAAAUCAAAUCACGUCCACGUAUCCUCAUACAGUUUUCACCACCACCAGUUCAAAUGUGUGUGAAGAAUCAGUCAACCUCCUACGUUUAUUUCUCCAGAUCAUCUUUCUGUGUUCGAUUUUUCUCUCUUUUCCUCCCACAGACAUGAUGAUGGUGACGCCCAUCAAUGACCUGCACGGCUGGGAGCCCGGCAGCAUGGUGAAGGGCGAGAGGCUGAUGCGCUGCAAGCUGGCCAGCACCCAUCGCCUGUUUGACCUCUUCGGUUGGGCGCAGAUCAGCCACACAUGUCUCACUGUGAGUUUCACUCUCAGUCUUUCUUUCUGCUGUGAGGCCGAGCGCACAAUGACUGAGCAGCAUCACAUCAGUGUUUGACUUUGACGCUCCGGGCUUUUUGAUAAGAUCAGCUCUGGUCUGCAGUUUUUAGUGAAAGUCGGCAUCGUAUCGGGACUAAAAUGAAUUACACUGUACUUGAAUUAUCCGCCCUCAUUUAUGUCUCCCCUCUUCUCUGACAGCUGCGUGUGAGCAAAGAGCAGGAACACUUUCUGGUGCUUCCAGAUGGACUGGCUUAUAGUGAGGUGACCGGGUCCAGUCUGGUGAGUAGGACUGAACACGCUCAUAAAGGACUGAUUUCUGCUCAUAGACUUUGCUCAAACCAUUAUUCUUGGGUCAUUUGACAAAUCAGAAUCAAGCAGAAAAAAGUUCCUCACGUGAACUUUGUCUCCAGGUGAAGGUGAACAUCUUGGGCGAGGUGGUGGAGAAGGGCAGCACCAACCUCAGCGUGGACACAGAGAAGUUCAGCCUGCACUCAGCCAUCUACUCCGCACGGCCUGAUGUUCGCUGCCUGCUUCACCUCCACACACCGGCCACGGCUGCGGUGAGUCAGUCCGAGCCAACGCGAGGCGAGAGGUCAGCGUUGGCCGGUCGAAUCCAGAAGAAUGCGCAACUCAGAUAAUACUCUGAAACAUAAAAAAACAUCUUACUUUCACAGUUAAGACCCACGAGUCCAAACAAAUCAGCUUAGCUUGUUGCUCUUGGUCUGGAUGCAUUAACCAGCACAGAUCUGCUUAUGAUUCAUACUGUGACUUAAUCUGAGGCUGUGACAUUAUCCUACAUCCAUGACUGACAGCCAGCUGUCUCCAGGUUUCAGCUAUGAAGUGCGGCCUCCUGCCUCUCUCCCAUGAGGCUCUGCUGGUCGGCGAUGUGGCUUAUUACGACUACAAUGGAGUCAUGGAGGAGGAGGAGGACCGAGUGGAGCUGCAGAAAAGCCUGGGGCCGACCUGUAAGGUGAGCAGACUGCAGAGGAACAAAAAGAGCUUUAUUUAUCUCAGAUAUCAUCGCCUGAGUCAGCAGUCACUGUACCCGCCUCCCUCAUGAGUUGUUUCAACUUCAUGAAUGGAUCAAGAAAAGAUGUGGAGGAUGUUUUAAAGCGUCUCCUGCUGUGUGGUGACUAACCCUGGGCGCCGCUCUUUCUUUACCCUCCUCACAGUAACGUUUUUCAUGGUGUUUAUAAAGAUGUUAAAGGUUCUUCUGCGUGUAAAUGCAGCUGUCGUGGUUUUUUGCAGGUGCUGGUGCUGAGGAAUCACGGCAUUGUGGCUCUUGGGGAGUCUGUUGAGGAGGCCUUCUACACCAUCUAUCACAUCCAGGCUGCCUGCGAGAUCCAGGUACUACACACACACAUACACACAUAUACACACACACACUCCUUUCAGUGACUAACAGCUGACGCAUUAGUGACAAAGUGCUGCCACUGCAUGUGUGUGUGGGUGUGUGUGAGAGGUCGAGAGAGCUGCAUGUGUACAUAAUGUAGAUACACCUGUGCACUUUUCUCCUCUCGCUGUAAAGGCAGCUCUGCACUGCAGUAUAUUUCAGCAUGAGGGAGUGGUGUGCCAAGAGCCACUGCAGUUAUCCUACAGGACCAACAAUGGCCUGUAGGGAAGGUCAUCCAUCCCUCAGAUCUCUGGGGAUACUGAGGAGGAGCACACUCUGCCGGCCUGCUGGGAGUAAAACAUGACCGAUAGAGACAGAGGCUCGCUCUUAAUGUGGUCUAUUUUUCCUCAGGUGACGGCUCUGUGCUCUGCUGGAGGUGAGCAGAACCUGAUCAUGCUGGACCGGACCAUCCAUAAACCCAACAUGACCGGCACCGUGGGCUGGGCCGGCUCCACGUUUGGGCCGCUUCACAAGAGCCGCCUGGGGGAGCACGAGUUUGAAGCUCUCAUGAGAACUUUGGAUAACUUGGUGAGUGGCAGUCAGUGUUUUAGCAAAAAUAAUGAAGAUAUUUUCAACUAAUCAAUCUUUAUUUAUACAGCGACAACUCAUAAUAAUAAUAGUAAUAAUAACUUUAUUUUAUAGCACUUUUAAAAACAGAGGUUAACAAAUUGUUUUGACAAAUGGUCAUAAAGCACAGAACAUCGGCACAUGGAAAUUAAAACAAAUAAAAACAAAAACCUCAGUUAAAAUGGAAUUGAAGGCCAGUUUCAUGUUAUAAGGAACACAGACAAUACAAGAAACGUGCAACAUAAAAUGAGACCAUGAGGACCAAAAUAAAAACAUAAAAUAGAUAAGUAUUUCGGCUAGUAUAACGAAAGCUAAAAAGACAGUAAAGCCAAAAAAGACAGAGGUGAAAGAGAUAAGAGAUGAAAGACUGCGUCACAUAAAAGCAAGUCUGUAAAAGUGAGAUUUUAAGAUCGACUUAAAUGAAGCGAUUGUAUUUGCAUGCCUCCAAUUCAUGACAAGUGUUAUCUUGAGAUGCUUAACAAAAAAGGCAGGUCCAGACAAAACUCUAGUUACAAAGACCAAAAGACCCAACCUUAAGAUGGGACAGAUUUGACCCAGCUCAUCUAACAUGAGUGACAGUGGCAAGGAAAAACUUCCUUUUUACAGGCAGAAAUCUUGAGCAGGUCCAGACUCAUGCUAGACAGCCAGCAGGUUGCUGUUGAGUUGGAAUAAAUACUGAGAGAAAGGGAGGGGGAGAGAGAAAGAGGAGUAGGAGGGAGGGCAGGGAGAGAGAAAGAGAACAAGGGAGUAGGAAGAAGAGAGUGUAUGAGCCAUUUUAUCUAUAUUAUAUUUUUUUGGGGGGGGGGGUGUUUUGUUACUCACACAAUCACCACACGUACAUCACCAUCGUCGUUAGUUGGACUUAUCUGUCUUUUUUUUGUUUGUUUUUCAUUUAAUCAAAAAUGGCAAAAAUAUAACUCAGAAACAACCUUCGAUUGGACAUUGGAUUGUACUACAAGCGCAUCAAGAGCUUGUAGUACGAGAGCAAGGGAGAGGGAGGGAAAGAGAAAAGAGAACAAAGGUGAGAGAGAGAGAGACAGGGGACAGCAGCAACAUUAAAACAACAGCAACAACAACAACAGCAGCGCAUACAGAGUUGUGGUUGCAGAGCAAAUUGAACCCCAUCUUGUGAGAUCAGACCCAUUCUCGUCCCAUCUUCAACCACACGAGUGAAGCACUUUGCAGCAUUUAGUGAGUUACAGUGGAGAGGAAGAACUUCCUUGAACAGGCAGAAACCCUGAGCAGAACCAGACUGUCUGAAAUAUUCACGACGGAUUAGGAUCAGGCGUCAUUUUGCACACACCACCAUGGCCUUCACACGCCAAGCUUCGACAUGUCAGUUAUGGGAAAAUAUUCAGAAGUGUCGGAAACAGAACUUCUCUAAUUUUCAACCCUUUUUUUGAGACGGUGUGUUACACGGUUACUCGAAUUCCCUCAUUGUUUUUCUGUUCAAAAUUUAAAAAGUCGACAUGCUGAAAAGUUAAAAUCCCACUUGGGUGUGAGUGGGAGAUUCACUGAUUCACACAAACUUCAGGAGGUUUGUCGGCAGCUCCAGGCAGCUCAGUGUGGAGGCUGCUUCUGCUACCACUCCUCCUCUGCUUUAUUCAAAAGUCUUCUUUAAACAUAAUACAUCCAAAAAGACUCUAUCUGUUUGUGUAGAUUAACUUUAUCACAGUGAGGAGUUUUUAGAUUGUUAAGAAAGAGCCUAAAACUGAUCCUGUUGUUUCUUUACGACCUUAGAAAUGGAGGGAAACCAUCAGAAACAAGGCUGAAGGGGGUAGGGGUCAGACCAGUUGAUUGACAACAAGCUUUAAAAUGGCAAAUAACCACAGCGAGUGACAUAUUCACUUCUAAAAGACAUUGGUUUAAUCUUUUGGCUGAAAACUUCUUUGACAUACAAGACAAAAGAUAGAAAGUGUUGUGUAAUAUAAAUGUAAAAACAACAACACAAGGAUAAAAAUAAAAGUUCACCUCGUGUCACAAGGCAACCAGUUUGUGCCGUUUUUAUUUCAUUUAUCAAUUAAUCGACUAGUGAAUUUGUAGAUGAAAUGUCUCUGAUCAGCAUGGAUCACAGGAACAUCAUGUCUAACUUCUCCAUCUCGAUAGCUGCAGAAAGAUUCCCGAUGUUUCAUUAAAAGCCCCCUGAAGCUUUUCCAUUAGACGUCUCAGUUUGAUGCAUCAGCUAAAAGUCUUCCAGGAUAUUCAACCUUGAUGUAAUAUAUUCAUAACGCUGCUUCUUCGUACAAUAUUUUCACAUCUCAUAUCUGAUAUUUUAACACUCAGAAUGUGAAAUUUUGCUCAUCAUAGACAUGAAGAUUGUCUCCAUUAAUCCAGCAGUAGAGUUCAUCUGAUGGACAAACUAAACGCUAAAAAGUGGCUGUUUUAAAAAUGUUAUUUACAAUCUGGUCAUGUCGACGAUUAUGGACAUUAAUUAAAGGUUUAAGCUGCAUUAUAAUAUAUAGAAACAUGGUACUUGAGUGUUAGACUAAAGCCAGCAAGUUUGACUAAAACAGCGUCUCUGAUCAACGCUCCAUAAUAAUUGUAUUUCUGUUGUUGUGUCAUAUUUACAUAUACAGUAUACAUAUAUAAAUACAUCUAUGUGUGACUCUGCAGGUGGUGUUUUUAUUUCUGUUUUAACUGGAUUUCACAGUGACUAAGUACUCCCCCUCAAAACUGGAGCUUCUUUUUACAGCUCAGAUGUAACAUGGAUUUGAAAGAUUUGUAAUAUUAGAAACAUAGAAACGUUACAGGUUAGUGCUGCGAGGCUUCAAAGACUGAGGUGUCUUUCUCUUGUUGUGAUCCAGGGCUAUCGUACGGGCUACGCCUACCGUUUCCCCGUGCUGCUGGAGCGGUCGAGGACGAGGCGAGAGGUGGAGGUGCCUGCGACCGCCACCACUUUUUACCAGUUUGAUGAUGACGGGAUCCACCCGGCUCUGAGGCAGCACCCGUUCGCUCAGCGCCAGCAGCAGGAGAGGACCCGAUGGCUCAACACCCCAAACACCUACCAAAAAGUCAGCCAGGAGCAGGCCAGCCCGGGACACCAGCGCACCACCGUGAGUCACUUUGAAAUGACUUUUGAUGGGUCGAUCAGGUUAGACUGAUCCGAACCUCCACCUGGAUCAGGCCAAAGCUCAUCUCCUCUACGCUGUGUCUGACUUUACCGGCCCUUGUGUGUUUGUCACUGAUGCCUGCUCUGUUCCCUUUGCUGCUGCUCCCCCUGCCUUGGCUUUUCAUGUUUCACAGGGAAGAGGAGGCAGGAGUGCAGAAUAUGAUUUUAAUUCUCUUUGACUGAACCAUAUGAGGAGAAAUGUCGAACUUUAAGUUACAAAGCGGAUCAAAUAUUCAGUUUUUAAAGAGCAGAAGGGACCCUGCCUGCGGUGAUAUGUGGAUUUAAGAAAUAUUCAAAGAAGCUGAAGAGCAGAGGGAUCAGGACCAGGAGUGAGAUUAGUGAACUGUGAGGAGAAGAAGACUUAACUCAUGCUAAUGUGUGAAGCUUUAGUUCAAAAUUAUAACGACUGCAAGAAGGAGGCUUGGCAACAGAGAAGCUAAGUCACAAACUGGUUAUAUUUGCAGUAAAAACAGCUGAAGCUCCUUCUGUAUUUUUUGUUAUUGCUGCAGACAUAAUUGAACAGCAUGGAGUAUUUGUUUUUUAAUCUGUAUGCCUUGGAGGAAAGAUGAAGCAGAGCUGCAGUGAUGAGUCCUCCGGAGACAAAAACAAUGUGAGACCAGUUGCCUGACAUCAGUGGGAGGAGCUUCGAGCUCCCUCUCUGUUUUCUCUCCUCCUCAGUUCCUCCCACCCUCCUCUCUCUCCUCUUCUCUGCAUUGCAGGGGAAAGCCCUCUGCACUUUCAGGGGUACUGCUGUGCAGAGUCUGCCCUCUGGUGGACAAAUGUCAUAUCAAGUUUGCAUUUGAAAAACACUCUUAAAAAAAAGGAAACAUACAUGUUUUAUGAAGUGGCAUUAUGUUUGAUCUGAAUACAAAACUCAGACGAGGUUUUCUGCAUCCUGUGCCGUAGUGGUUAAAGGCAGAAGAGCUGACCCAAGCUGGCAGCACAGCCAUCAAGAUCGAGAACCCAAACCAGUUUGUGCCUCUUUUCACCAACCCUCGAGAGGUCAUUGAGACACGAAACAAGGUUCGCCUUUUCCCUUCCUCCCUCUCUUUGCUGUGUGCUCACUGUAACAUGAAAUUUUACUCAACAUGAUUUAUUCUUCACCCUGAAGAUCCGACAGCAAAACCGUCAGGACAUGAAGACAGCUGGACCACAGUCUCAAGUCCUCGCCAGUGUAAUAACAGUUGACAGUCCUCCGGUAAACUGCUCUCUCACUAUUUGCCAAACAUCUCUCCAUUUUCCCCUCCAUCUCCUCUCUUGGCUGCAGAGUUAAAAGCUGUAAUUUGGUUUCUGUUUUUGCCUCCUAGUCUCCAGUCAGCCCGCCUAAACUCCCACCUGAGCCAGAACCUCCGAACCCCUUUAACCAGCUGACGGAUCAGGAGCUGGAGGACUAUCGCAAGGAGGUGCAGAGGAAACAGGAUGGAGGGACUGACGGUAUGAACCUCAGUUCACCUCAUCAAACGUUGCUUAUUAACCAUAUAGCCAUUGUGCACAGAGAGUAGGUGUCUGUUUAUCCCUCGGGCAAGACUUGUAGCUGUAUUUAUAUGUGCAAGUUAAAAGUCAGAUCAAUGUAAUUAAUGCAGCUCCACAGAAAAGACUGCUAAUCAUACAUGUGGAUAUAAUUAAGGGGUGUCAGGAUGAGAGUCCACAGCGCAGCAGUGAGAUGCUGACAGCUCCUCUUGGUCACAAUCAGAUGCAAAACUGGAGCAAACUGCACAAAACUGCAGAACUUUAUGGGUGUUUUUGCCUUUAAAAUUUGUGCAGUAAUUUUUGUGAAGUGGACAUGGAGCUUGAGAAGAUAGAGCAGGCAAUAAUAUGCAAUUCAUACAUAAGUAUUAGCUGUGUAUUGUUUUAAAUUCAGUGUAAUAUACUAAUACUCGCUUACACCGUUAAUAUAUUGUGGUUCUUCCUUUAGCCUUCGAAAGGGCCUGUGUGGUGUAUUUUACUGUAAUAGAUUUAUUAAAAUUUUCCCAUCUUUAUUCUCACUUCAUAGUCAAAAACAUCAAAUGUAAAGUAUUUUAAAGUAUACUCUUGAAGAUUGUCCUGCACUAAAAUGAAAACAGUCAUUCUGAAGUGUAAAUGCGACACACAGCCCCUUUCUCUGACUUGAUUUCUCUUGUGACUGUCUUUCUUGUAAGCUGUGCUCACUUUUUCUGUGUCUUACAUUUCUAACUUUCCUGCGCAGCUGAACUCUCACUGUCCCUCACUGUGUGUUUGUAUUUAUGUGUAAGUAGGGGAGGAGGUGGCAGACGACAAGGAGUCUUCCCCUGCUACCUCCCCCUCAAAGGGCCCUCCCCUCGAAGGUGAGGCUUUGCAGAGCGCUGAAUGUCUGCCCUGCCUGCCUCUGCAUAUCUGAGCUGCAGCCCGCUACAGUUCUCCAUGAGCUCAUGUGUGACUGCUUCUUCCCUCCAUGCUUCGAACUCUGCCUGACAACCGUGUUACAUCCCCUCACGUGUAGAUGAUCCUGUCUCUGUGCAGUUCAAACACCAUUCAUAUGGUGGCUUAUUUUGCAUAUUCAAAAUAUGCACAAUAGUUUUAUUAGUGGUUCCAUUAAUAGAUAUAUGUUUGUGAAAUCGCACAAAUUACAUAUUUCAAGUUAGCUGGACAGUUUCUUAUAUUUUUAGGCUUAAAGUUGAUUUUUGUACCUUAUCCAGUUGAAAUAUUACACAUAACAUUGUCUAAGAAAAAUCUAGUUGUAUAGAAUGAAGUAUAGAUUAUCACAGCAGUGUUCUCGUGUUAUAUAGAGUUGGAGUCGUGGCAUAAUAUGAGAAAGAUCCUGCGUUAAAAAUAAUGUCAAAGUAAAAAAGAGAAGUAUUAUCACCAAAUUAAUUAAAUAAAAGUGUAAAUGGUGCAGAAAAAUUUGGAAUAACUACAGUGCUCUGUGUAUAGUAUUAUGCAUUAAACAGUGUUGGCCUGUCUGAUGCAACCUAGACUACAAAACGUUAAAUUUAAUCAUGUUGAAGAUCAAAUUGAAGUCCUUAAAUUUUUCUUCGUCCUUGGUUUCCUUUGACUUCAUUCUUGACCAUUAUUGAUCUUUUUGUAAAAUUGAUGAAAUUCGGGUCACAGGUCAAAAGAAAUGACAAAAAACACAAAUUUACUCACUUAGCCUGCAGUCUGAAGGUCCGUAAUUUCUGCCUCCCUUCAGUGCUGCAGAAGUAAAUCAUUUUUAAAGCUUAAAUCAUGAAGAUAUUUGAGAGUUUUAAACAGGAGACAGGAGACGAGUGAAAAUGCUGACAGCGUAAACUGUAACUUGGAAAGAAAACUUGUUAACUCUUAUUUCAAACAUUAAUUCUGAGGGAGUAACUGCGGUCAUCAGGUUUUGUUGGCAUGUGCAUUUGAUCUUCAUCAUAAAACAUCUUUUGUCUUCACAUAAGAGGAACACACAGAUUCAGCUUAUAGCACUAACAGCCCCUCUGGUACUUUUAGCUCUGCCAGUCAGUUUUGUAGUCAAGUCACCAAACCUCAUGUCCAAGUCCAGCCCCGAGUCUGCAGCUCUCUUGAUGGAGAGACACUCAUUUUCUCUGCUGUGGCUGUAACCCACAUCCAAGUGACUUUGGUGUCUCUCCUUGACCACAUCUUCCAUCUUCCCUCUGAUGGUUCCUUUUUGUCUCCAGUAAGCUGCUCUGCUCUUGUUUGCAUUCACCCUCAAAUGUUUGAGAGCAAAGCACACGAUUCAUGCUGAACAAAGGCGGCACAUGAACGUGUGCACGGGGGGUGAAAGCACAACUCAAUAAAACAGUCUCUUACAGUAAAUAAGUCAGGGUCCUCGAGUCCUAGAAAUUAGGGUUAAAAACCAGAUUGAGUCUUGUAUUUGAGUACCACAUUACUGCUGCCAGAGUCUCCCUUAAAACGGGCAAAAUUAAACAGAGUCACUUUUUAAUCCCACUAUAAGUCCCUCCUGGGUAAGUCAGACUGUAAUAAAAGUCUGUUGGCUCUUUUGAUUUCUAUCUCAACCCUUUGUUUGGACAUCCAUCUGUCUCUUUACCCACUGUCUCUGUUCUCCAUCUGUAUGUGUGUGUCUGUCCGUCUGUUUGUCCUUUUCUGUGUGAUACUGAUUUAUAGGACACACUUCUGGUGCUUUGGUCUUGUCUCAAUAGUAAGUACAGAAAACAGUUUAGAAACCCACUUCUCAUAAAGCAAGCAUGUUCAUCUGCUGUGUAGCAUGUAGCUUUAAAGCUCCAGCCAACACAGGGCUCUUGAACUUAAUACUAAACUUUCUUUAUUUUCUUUUAAACUCCGAGCAGAAGAGGCAAAGCCUGAAUCUCCAGCCCUACAGAAUGGAGGUGAGGAGGAGAAGCAGACGACAGAGGAGCUGGAAAAGGGGAUGAAAGCUCUCUCAACCAAUGACACCUCCUCUCCACCUGCUGCUCCACCCGCUAAACCACAAGGGGGCACACCUGAGGGCUCUCCCUCCAAGUCCCCAUCCAAGAAGAAAAAGAAGUUCAAGCCGCCGUCGUUCCUGAAAAAGAGCAAGAAGCAGAAGGAGAAAGCGGAGACCUGAAGAGCUCGGACUAAGUGGACCUCAGUGAAAUACUCCUGUGAGACUUUAGUCAGUGUGUGACGGAUGAGUUAACCACAUCAGAUCUACUCAAACACAGUCAGUUCAGAUGUCAUUUUCAGACACAGUGCACCAAAACAACCGAACGGUAACAAAAGAAGUCAUUUAACACGGAUAUCUGUGUGGUGAUUCAUCUUAACCAGGUUAAAAACACUGAUGAUGAUUUUCACAGAUUGUUUCACUGAGGUUUUAAACAUCAUUUUGACACAUUACGUCUCGUUACAGAAACAAACACGGAGUCCCCGUACCACUCACGUCUUCUUUUCACCUGCUGUGCUCAAACCAUUACCUAACUUCACUGUAUAAGCAGUCAGACAUGUUUCUUUCUAACACUGGGGUCAUUAGCUUGUGCACUCGCCCCUCAGAAAUCAUUUCAAACCAUUUUUUGUAUCCACAACUUUGCAAGACACAGUCACAACUUACACCUCUUUGAAUUAUGCACCCUUUUAUCCAUGUAUAGUCACUUACCACAUGUAUAUUUGCAUUUAAGUAUGUUGCAUUUGUUGCUCACCAUAGGCACCCUCUUGUCAUGAUUUGGUUCUUAUUAUCUGAUAGAUGUUGCAGGUAAACUACGUGAGCAGAGGUGCAGUACUCGUAGACAUAUACUGAUAGCUACUGAUUGUGCUCCUCUGAAUGCUGGUUCUGUGUUAAACUAGUCUACUGACAUUAACUACUACAGCAGGGAUGAAGAUGAAAAACAGAGCGGAAAAAAUAAACUGGCUUGCAGCAAAACACAAUCCGCCCUAACAAAAACGUACAGAAAAAAUGACGAAGCAUUAAUGAAUUUGUUGCUUGCCGAUGCAGUCUGAAUACCAGUAACAGAAAAUACUGAAGGUACUAAACAUUCCACUUUCUCGUUUUCUUUUAAAUGUAUGUGUGCAAAAUACCUCUAUACUGUUGUAAUUAUUUUAUGUUUUAAGUAGCUAUUAGCAAAAAUGCUGAUGUGCAAUGUUUGCUCAUUGUUUUAAUUUAUUUUAUAUUAGGAUGUACAAGUGUGUGUUGCAAGGUUACCAUGUAUCAGUCAUUAAAGAUCAACUUUGAUUUAAACAAGCUCGACAUUGA